UGUGACAGAGAAUCUCCCCCUGCUGUACCCUGAUCGAGAUGGAAGUUUACCAGAGUAUAAGUGGAGGUGCAUGUUGGGCAGGCAGGCAGUGCUGUGUACAUGAGGCCAGUGGCCACAGAUGUCUUUAAUUCCAAAAACCUGGCCGUUCAGGCACAGAAGAAAAUCUUGGGUAAAAUGGUGUCCAAAUCCAUCGCCACCACCUUAAUAGAUGACACAAGUAGUGAGGUACUAGAUGAGCUCUACAGAGUGACCAAGGAAUAUACCCAGAACAAGAAGGAGGCAGAGAAGAUCAUCAAAAACCUCAUUAAAACCGUCAUCAAACUGGCCAUUCUCUAUAGGAAUAACCAGUUUAAUCAGGAUGAGCUCGCACUGAUGGAGAAAUUUAAGAAGAAAGUUCAUCAGCUUGCUAUGACCGUGGUCAGUUUCCAUCAGGUGGAUUACACCUUCGACCGGAAUGUGUUAUCUAAGUUGUUAAACGAAUGCAGAGAAAUACUCCACCAAAUCAUUCAGCGUCACCUCACUGCCAAGUCACAUGGACGGGUUAAUAAUGUCUUCGAUCAUUUUUCGAAUUGUGAAUUUUUGGCUGCUUUGUAUAAUCCCUUUGGAAAUUUUAAACCUCACUUACAAAAACUUUGUGAUGGUAUCAACAAAAUGUUGGAUGAAGAGAACAUAUGAGCCAGUAAAUUAAGACCAUGAUUGUGAUUUAUUUGAAGAUGGAACACUGCUGAUUCAUGAAGGAAAAGGAAUUUUUUAAAGAUCAUGUAUUUCAGGAAGACAUUGGCCAAUUCAGCUGUCAGACAUUAAUGGUAGUACUUUUAUGAGGCUUGUUUUAUUUGAAGGAAAACAUAUUGCCAAAAGUUCUGGUUAAAAGCUUCCUAAUGGCUAGCAGAUUAUGGGGAAAAUAUGAACACAAAUGUAGAGUUACACAAAGAAAAAUAAGUAUGGCUCCAAACUUUACAACUUUUCUUUUUAAGGGGCAGUUGUUAUAUUGGUGGCACAUUGGAUAUUGCUGAUAUGUAUAAAGUCUAUGUAUUUUGAUUCAGUUUUGUUCCUUACUAUGUAUAUAUACCAUUUUUUAAAAGCUAAGAGCUUUCUCUUGCUGUUAUUGCUCCUUUUGAAGCUGUUCUAUAUUCAAGUUUACCCUUUAUUGUUUUUUUAAAGAUUAUGUCAUUUACAUUCAAGAAUUACAUCUGAGGCAGUCACACUGAACCUCAGAAAACUGUGUAUUCUGAAAUCAAAACUGUGGAAAUGAAUAUUAGAUGUUAUGAACAUGUCCAAUAUAAUGAUGUACUUCUGAAAUUGAGUAUUGCUUUUUAGAAUCAAUUGAUGCUUAAGUUCUCAAAACCAAAUUGGCCUAUCAUUGCUGAAAUGCUUGCCCUAGGGCUUACCUUUGAUAGCAUCCCAAAAAUGUGCUGAAAUCUCCAUUGUUAAUGCCCAUUUCAUGUGUAAGAGACAAAAGAGAAAAUCUAGAUUUGUCUGAUGCAGGCACAAUAAAAAGAAUUAAACACUUAAGACUCAUUGCUUUAGAGAUGAAUCCAUCAAAAAUAAUUCAGGGAAUUGAAGGACAAAAGGGAAGAAAAGAUAUUACUAAAGAAUAUGACCAUGAAGAUGAAUGCAUGUCAAUGUUUUAAAACAUCUGGUAAAUAAAGAA